ACAUACACACACGCACACACGCGCACACACAGAACAUCUUGAGUAGUUUAGUAGCCAGUCCACGGCAACAUUAGAGGAGAAAGCAGAGGAGGCGUGUGUUAAGUGAGAGUAAAAGCGCAGACAUCGCUUUGCUUUUGUGUGGAAAAGGUGUUUACUGUGUAUCAGUGUGUAUGUAAAUAUAUAUGUAUAUAUAUAUUUAUAUACAGUACUAUGUAUAUAUGUAUUGGGUGUUGGAUGGGUAGGCUCUUUUUGCAAUAGUGCGCGUGCAAGCAGGGGAGUUGGAAAGAGUUGUUUUGCGGGACAGCCAGGGAAUGGCCAACGCCGUGGUACCCUUGGAAACAUCUGACUGACCGACAAUGGCGGAGGAGGCUAUCUGUUGCACUUUGGUGAAUUGCAACUGCGACAACUUUAAGCCUGGGAAGUUGAAGCGACGGCAGUGUGAAAACUGCAAGCAUGGCUGGGUGGCUCACGCUCUCAGUAAACUGAAGGUGCAUCAAAUGUACCAGAGCAGCCAGGUGGAGAUCGUGCAUUCCAAUGUGGUGUUUGACAUCUGCAGCUUGAUGCUGUACGGUACCCAAGCAAUUCCCAUCCGCCUCAAGAUCCUUCUGGACCGCCUUUUCUCUGUCCUCAAACAGGAAGAGGUAAUCCAAAUCCUCAAUGCACUGGACUGGACACUGCAGGACUACAUACGAGGAUACGUACUUCAGGAUGUAGCAGGGAAAGUGUUGGAUCGUUGGGCUAUGAUGACAUUUGAGGAGGAGAUUGCAACCUUGCAACAGUUCCUGCGCUUUGGCGAAACCAAGUCCAUUGUGGAGCUCAUGGCCCUGCAAGACAAGGAGGGACAAUCGGUAUUAGUGCCCAGCACUCGCACCAGCUCAGAUAUCCGGACUUUCAUUGAGCGUAACACCCCGUGCACUGCCGCCAACAUGUCUACAAACAAAGCAGAGAGGCAAAGCAGCAACAACAUGCACCACUUUGAAAACUUCAUUAACAGCAUGGCCUUCAUGCUGCCGUUCCAGCUUUUAGGUUCUGUUCCAGCGCCAUUUCUGGGCUCCCCGACAGGUUCACACCAGCAACUUCACCAACAACACCGCCAGUCUUUCCACAGUUCGGUGGAGCCCCAGAGCGAAAUACAAGAUGAUCAAAAGCCGGACAGUGCAUUAAGGGAGAACCACCUUCAUGUUCCACUUCCUGCGGAAAGCAGCCAUGUAUGUUCCAGUUCUGUUAUGUUCACUGCUGAUCUGGACCAAAGUGUAGACAAGCCACUGGACAGUCUUUCCUCGACAACAAAAAUUGAAGCUGAAGAUUUCUCUACCAGUGACAAUUACUCUGAUGGGCCCCCCACACCAUGCACACCCUCCAUGAGCUCUGAUGGGACCCAAAUGUCCCCUGAGGGUAAGCUGCGCAAUGGGAACAGUGGAGGGGGGAACUUUGUAGGAAAUGGGGGUGUGGGAUCUCUUAAGAAGGGCCGUGUAUUUUGUAAUGCCUGUGAGAAGACGUUCUAUGACAAAGGCACACUGAAAAUACAUUACAACGCAGUGCACCUCAAGAUUAAGCACAAGUGUACAAUUGAAGGAUGCAACAUGGUGUUCAGCUCGCUGCGCAGUCGCAACCGCCACAGUGCAAAUCCUAAUCCACGGCUUCACAUGCCCAUGAAUCGCAACAACAGGGACAAAGAUUUGCGCGGCACUUUGUCUGCCGAUGAGGGCUCUCCGAGAGAGAAAAGACCGGAAUAUGGCUCAUCCAUCCUAAUCUGUUCCCCUGAAAGUCACAAGUCAGUUCCCAGUUACAUGGUAAGUCAAGUGGACACAUGCCCUAAGAUUCACACCAGCUCGUUCCCCAGCAUCGGCCAGAGUGGAAUACUCUUCCCCAAUUUAAAGACAGUCCAGCCAGUCCUGCCUUUCUACCGCAGCCUUGUUACACCAGCAGAACUGGCCAAUACUCCUGGGACACUUCCGUCACUCCCUCUUCUGUCAUCCUCCGUAUCUGUCAAACCUACCACCGUUCCUGACAUCUGCAACGCCGACCCCAUACCAAAGAAAAAGUCUCGAAAGUCAAGCAUGCCAAUAAAGAUCGAGAAGGAGAUGCUGGAACCAGAUGAGCAGAUGGAUAUGUGUAGCAACACAGAGGACGACCGAGACAAGGAAGAAUGUGUUGAUCACCAAGCAGGACAAACACACUUUGAUGAACACAAAGAGAACAGAGAGUAUUUGGGGGAAGAUGGAGAAAGGCAAUGUAGAAGGCCUUUGUUCGCCCAGAACUUUGACAUGACAAGGGAAGACCUAAAGGAGGACGCACGAGAAGGGAAAGUUGAUGCAGAGACCAACAUCAGCCGAUCACCCCCUUUCAAAAACAGGUUGGUUAAGACCCUCCGAGGGAACCCUUUGGCCAACCAGGAACUCAUUUCUAAUGAGGAAAGUAAUGGGAGAGAGUGUAAAACCCCCUUGCAUGAAGAUGACCACCUUCCAGAGCUCAAGUGGAGUGAGCACAGCCUGACAAACGGGAGUGCUCUUCAAGUCCACGAGAAGGAGCGAUCUGAGGUCUCUGCAGAUGACCAUGCUGAUUCAGGCUCAUCGGAGGUGGAGCAAAAUGCUGACCAGUUUCAUCACUGUGACGUUUGCUCGAUGACUUUGGAGAACCCCCACAGUGUCAAGAUGCAUUACCAAAACGUGCACCUCAAGGAGAUGCACGUGUGCACAGUGGAUGGUUGCACUGCGGCUUUUACGUCACGCAGGAGUAGAGACAGACAUAGUGCCAAUUUGACCCUUCACCACAAGCUGAUGACCAAAGACCCCGUCUAUACCGGCAACAACCUCUACUCAGCAUCAUCCCACCGCAAAGACAGCGACUCCAUUGGGACGAUGGACUACUGCCAGGACCAGUGUGACAGGGAUCUCACCUCUGUGAUUUGCAGAGGGAAAAACCGCAUGGGCUUGGUCUACCCCAUGAGCAAAAUGCCCACAGCACCAGAAACACCUCCCAAAGGAGACACACAGGGAUUACGAGGGGGUGGCGAUGGAACAGUGCUGGACUUGAGUACCUCCUCCUCUGUUCCGCCUCAUUGCAGCAGCAGCGCUCCGUCCUACUGGGACUCGGAUGAAGUUGUUAGUGAGGACGGAGAGGGGGUCGGAGGGGAUGUUGAGGCACUCCCUAUGGAGGACAGUGAAGAGAGCUGUGAUGGGAGCCAUGUGGGGAGGCCUGGGGGGGAACAGUCACUGCAUGGGGGAGAGAAGAGCUCAGUUUUUGGUGGGGAGGUACAGAUCGGGCUCCAAGGAGUGGGGAGCGGGUCUCCAAUAACCUGCCACAUGUGCCAAAAGGUCUACAGCAACAAGGGAACAUUCAGGGCCCAUUACAAGACAGUCCAUCUCAGGUUGCUUCACAAGUGUAAAGUCCCCGGGUGCGACACAACAUUUUCUUCCGUGCGAAGCAGAAACAGGCAUAGUCAGAACCCCAACCUCCAUAGGAACCUGGUUGUUAGUGCGGGGGCCAAAGUGGAGCAGGAAGACAUGGUGGCAGAUUUCAUGUAGUCCGGUUUUAGAGCACCUAAAUUAGCACUUUUUCAAUUCUAUAUUAGUCACACAAGUCAAGAGUUUGAGGGAAGAAGUCGGAUAGUACAAUCAUCCAUGUAUAACGAAGGUGACAGUGAAUUCAAUGUAAGUAUAGGACUAAACUCCUAUAUUGUACUGUAUUGUAUUUGCUUUGCCUUAUGGGCCAUGUAUUUCAAUUCACAAUGUCCGUUGGUAGUCCCAAGUAAGAAGAUGGGAAACUUUUGUUGUUGUCUUUGUUUUACUGUUCAAUAAUGUAACAAUCAAGAACAAUUUGUGACGAAACUUGAACUUGUGUCAUGUGCUUCAUUUUGUCGAAUCAACUGUUGGUUAAAGAUGUGUACUAUUGUGAGUUUGACCAGUAACUUCUUGGAAGUGCUCUGUGAUCUAUGUUGUUGUUGUCUGUGUUUCCUUCUCAGAUUGCUGCACUCUGCAAAUGUUGACCAAGACGUUCAGUCCACAGAUGGUGUAUAAAGGUGUAUAAAAUCCACAGAGGGGUGUAUAAAGAACGCCUAAUGUCAGCAGUGUUGCCAGCUCUGCAACUUUGUCAGCAGGCAUGGCAAUACUGCAAGUAUUGAUAUCAAUCUCAUACCAAACAAAUAGGUAAUAAAUGCAAGUCAUUGAUACACGCCUAAACUUAGUUAUGCUGCUCAAAACCUCUCUGUUGAUGUCAUCUCUGAUUUUGGAUCAACAGUUGCAAUAAAAGUGACCAUUGUAAUUAUUAGACUAGAUUCUGAUGCACACAGGGGUGUCCAAACCGCAGCCAAGGGCUAAUUUAUUAUUGGCCCACAUUCUAAAAGAAAAAUGUAAUUCAAGAAGGAAACAAAAAAGAUGGUAAAUUUAGUAAUUGUACAAGAAUCAAGUCAAAAUAUUAAGAGGAAAAUGUAAUCGAAAAAGGAAAGAUUAUAAUUUCACAAGAAUAACGUCAUAUAAUGACGAAAAAUAAAAUAAUUUUUGAAGCAUAAAACCAUGGUAUUAAAAUAAAGCAAAAUAAUGCUCUAAUCUGUGGAAAAUAUGUUGUGGGAAAAGUGAAAAUGUUAUGACAAUAAAGCCAAAAUACUGUGUCAUAAUUAUGAGGAAGAAAUAGUAGAAAUUGAAAGAAAAAGGUGAGGGAAAAAGGCAUUUUAGUAGCAUAAAGUUGAAUUAUUAAAGAAAAGUUACAAUGUUAUGAAAAGUAAAGUAAUCAAUGUAAUUUUGGGAAAAUAUGUUGUGGAAAAAAUUCUAAUGUGACAAGAAUAAUUUUUAAAAAAAAGUUGUAUUCUAAUGAGAAAAAAAUGUAAUUUUAGGAGGAAAAAUAAUGUCAUUUUAGUAGCUUAGAGUUGGAAUAUGAAGAUGUUUUUUUAAAACACAAAAGGUUGUAAUAUUAUGACAAACAAACAAAACAAUAAGUUAUUUUAAGGGAAUAAAGUCAUACUAUUACAAAAGAAAAAAAUUCCAAAUAUUAUUUGUGCAAUUUUUUUUUUCAAAAGAACAGCAGCAAAAAUGAUGAUAUUAAUAAUACGCCUUUUCACCUAUAUCACAAAGCCAGGAUGCAACUCCUUACCUUACGUUGCUUUUCAAAAUAUCACAGUGGUCCUUAUCCUUGCAUUUUUCAGUAUGUGGCCCUUGCUGAAAACGUUUGAACACUCCUGUGUUAUUUCUUAUUAUUCAUUUCUCUUUAUUUGCCAUUGUACACUCGUGACAAAGGAAGCUAACAAGCUAAAUGGAUAGAAGCACAAUCCAGAUUUACGCCCUAAAUAUGCCUCACACACUUACUAAAGCAUUGUAAAAUGUGUAGGUAAUCCCCAUUAAUGAAUGAUAAUUAACAUGAUGAUGAUAUUUGCUGUGCAGUAUGACAAUGACGACGCUUAAACCUUUAAAAACUUGCUGUUUCAGUG